UGGCGCCCCUAUAUCCUGUUUUCGUUGGCCGCGUUCGGAUGGCGGUCUGCUCUGGAGUUGCGUCCGCUUCUUAGGGCUGGUCCUCACUCGGCGCUCGACCCCCUCCUUUGUCCAGCCUCCUCAGCCUGCACUUCGUCCCCCCAGGGCGCCGGCUUUCUGUGGCCGGAAGCAUGGGCCGAGAGUCGCGGCGUUCCAGAAGCAGAGAGAGAGACAGAAGCCGAGAGCGAAGACGAUCUCGGAGCCGAGAUAGGAGGCGCUCAAGGAGUAGAAGCCGGGGCCGGCGUUCCCGCUCCUCCAGUCCUGGCGGUAAAAGCAAGAAGGCUGAGAAUAGGUCUAGGUCCAAAGAGAAAACAGAAGGCGGGGAAAGUUCUAAAGAGAAGAAAAAAGACAAAGAUGAUAAGGAAGAUGAAAAAGAAAAAGAUGCUGGUAACUUUGACCAGAAUAAGCUGGAGGAAGAAAUGAGAAAGCGAAAAGAAAGAGUUGAAAAAUGGCGAGAAGAACAGCGUAAAAAGGCCAUGGAAAACAUAGGAGAACUGAAAAAGGAAAUCGAAGAGAUGAAACAAGGGAAAAAGUGGAGUUUAGAGGAUGAUGAUGAUGAUGAAGAUGAUCCUGCAGAAGCUGAAAAGGAAGGAAAUGAAAUGGAGGGUGAGGAAUUAGAUCCAUUAGAUGCUUACAUGGAAGAAGUGAAAGAAGAAGUAAAAAAGUUUAACAUGAGAAGUGUAAAAGGAGGCGCAGGAAAUGAAAAGAAGUCUGGGCCCACAGUCACAAAAGUCGUUACUGUUGUAACAACUAAAAAGGCUGUUAUAGACUCUGAUAAGAAGAAAGGUGAGCUGAUGGAGAAUGACCAGGAUGCCAUGGAGUAUUCUUCAGAGGAGGAGGAAGUUGAUCUUCAGACUGCUCUUACAGGAUACCAGACAAAACAGAGAAAGCUUCUAGAACCAGUUGAUCAUGGAAAAAUUGAGUAUGAACCAUUCAGAAAAAAUUUUUAUGUUGAAGUUCCAGAACUAGCAAAAAUGUCUCAAGAAGAAGUGAAUGUAUUUCGAUUGGAAAUGGAGGGCAUUACGGUUAAAGGAAAAGGUUGUCCCAAACCAAUUAAAUCAUGGGUCCAGUGUGGGAUUUCCAUGAAGAUCUUAAAUUCCCUCAAAAAGCAUGGCUAUGAAAAGCCCACACCCAUCCAAACCCAAGCCAUUCCUGCUAUAAUGUCUGGAAGAGAUUUGAUUGGUAUUGCCAAGACAGGAAGUGGAAAAACCAUUGCUUUUCUCUUGCCCAUGUUUAGACACAUCAUGGAUCAGAGGUCAUUAGAAGAAGGAGAGGGGCCAAUAGCUGUCAUCAUGACUCCAACUCGAGAACUGGCUUUACAAAUUACUAAAGAAUGUAAGAAGUUUUCGAAGACCUUGGGACUUAGAGUGGUCUGUGUUUAUGGAGGAACAGGAAUCAGUGAGCAGAUUGCUGAACUGAAAAGAGGUGCUGAAAUUAUUGUUUGCACACCUGGUCGAAUGAUUGACAUGUUAGCAGCUAACAGUGGUCGGGUCACAAAUCUUCGAAGAGUGACAUAUGUUGUUUUAGAUGAAGCAGAUAGAAUGUUUGACAUGGGUUUCGAACCACAGGUCAUGCGCAUUGUGGAUAAUGUCCGUCCUGAUCGACAGACAGUCAUGUUUUCAGCUACUUUCCCCAGAGCUAUGGAGGCUCUGGCUCGCAGGAUCCUGAGCAAGCCCAUUGAAGUACAGGUUGGAGGCAGGAGUGUGGUUUGCUCAGAUGUGGAACAGCAAGUGAUUGUGAUUGAAGAAGAAAAAAAGUUCUUGAAAUUGCUUGAGCUUUUAGGCCAUUAUCAAGAGUCAGGAUCUGUCAUUAUAUUUGUGGAUAAGCAGGAACAUGCUGAUGGUCUUCUGAAGGACUUAAUGAGAGCAUCCUACCCUUGCAUGUCUCUCCAUGGAGGUAUUGAUCAGUAUGACAGAGAUAGCAUCAUAAAUGACUUUAAGAAUGGAACCUGCAAACUUCUUGUGGCUACUUCUGUGGCUGCUCGUGGUCUUGAUGUGAAGCAUCUGAUUCUUGUAGUGAAUUACAGCUGCCCCAACCAUUAUGAAGAUUAUGUGCACAGAGCUGGACGGACUGGAAGAGCAGGCAACAAAGGUUAUGCCUAUACUUUCAUCACAGAAGAUCAAGCUCGAUAUGCUGGUGACAUAAUUAAAGCCCUUGAAUUGUCAGGGACUGCAGUGCCUCCUGAUUUGGAGAAACUUUGGAGUGAUUUCAAAGAUCAGCAGAAAGCUGAAGGAAAAAUAAUUAAGAAGAGUAGUGGGUUCUCUGGCAAGGGAUUCAAGUUUGAUGAAACAGAACAAGCUUUGGCUAAUGAGAGGAAGAAGUUACAAAAAGCUGCUCUUGGUUUACAAGAUUCAGAUGAUGAGGAUGCUGCAGUUGAUAUUGAUGAACAAAUUGAAAGCAUGUUUAAUUCGAAGAAGAGAGUAAAGGACAUGGCUGCACCUGGCACAUCUAGUGUGCCUGCCCCCACGGCAGGAAAUGCCGAGAAACUGGAAAUUGCAAAGAGACUGGCUCUCAGAAUCAAUGCUCAGAAGAAUUUGGGCAUCGAGUCUCAGGAUGUGAUGCAACAAGCCACCAAUGCAAUUCUCAGGGGUGGCACCAUACUGGCUCCCACAGUGUCUGCAAAAACCAUUGCAGAGCAACUUGCUGAGAAGAUCAAUGCCAAGCUCAAUUACGUGCCUUUAGAAAAACAAGAAGAGGAGAGACAGGAUGGUGGACAGAAUGAAUCUUUCAAGAGAUAUGAGGAAGAGUUAGAGAUCAAUGACUUCCCACAGACGGCUAGGUGGAAAGUUACCUCUAAAGAAGCUCUGCAGAGAAUCAGCGAGUAUUCUGAAGCAGCAAUUACAAUCAGAGGAACGUACUUCCCUCCUGGGAAAGAACCCAAAGAAGGAGAACGGAAAAUUUACUUGGCAAUUGAAAGUGCCAAUGAAUUGGCUGUUCAGAAAGCAAAGGCAGAAAUCACCAGGCUCAUAAAAGAAGAACUGAUCCGACUGCAAAAUUCAUACCAACCAACAAAUAAAGGAAGAUAUAAAGUAUUAUAAACAUCUAGGAGCCACUUUUUACCUGUGCUGGUCUGUGAUACAUGUGGCAGUUGUCUGAAGUUUACAAUGUAUUGUAAAGUAAGACUUUGAAAACUUUGUCUUGCUUAUUUUUAAAUACAAGAAACUAGUGUUUUAAAGAAGUCUUCUGUCAGUAAGUACCUCCACUCUUCUUCAAACUAUAUUUAAAUCAGGCCUGUUUUCAUCGAGUGAUACCCUUUAGUGUAAACCAACAUUUCAAGCAUCUGGAAACUUUGGAAGUUUGUAUUGAAUGUUGUAAUAAAGUAUAUAAGUUACUAAGGGGCUAUGACCUUAGCAUCUUUGAAUGAAAUUUGAUCUCCUAAGAAAAGGGAAAAUUCCUUGUCAAUAUUUUGUGUCACCACCUCUUAAGCUUAAACCUUAUUUGACUCAAUGGAACAUAUAAACUGGAUUUAAGAAUGUUAAAAUAGAAGUUUUACAAAAUAGGUUCAGAGUUUUUAUUUUGAUUUUUUAUCAUAAAUGAGUAAUAGUUGGUUUACCUUUGGUUUUUAUAAAAUUAAAGAUAUGUAGUAUAAUAGGAUUUUUGCAUUUCUUUUUUCUAUUUUUGAGACAGAGUCUCUAUGUAGCUCAGGCUGGUCUUGAACUUAUGAUCCUCCUGCGUCUACCUCCCGAGUGCUGGGAUUACCACUUACAGACUUCCAUUUCUUUACACUGCAAAGAAAUGUAUUAUUUACUACCUUUAGGGUCCCCUCACAACCUCUGGCUCUGCCAUUCUUCACUCAUAUAUUUCUGAGAAAAUGAUUAUAACCUGUGAAUAUUAAAUAUUCUUUAUUUUUCCUCUGAAAGUGUUUCUUUAGACAUUUAUGGUAUAUACAAGUACCGUUACUAAUUUUUUUUUUUUUUGGUCUUUUGAGACAGGGUCUCCCUGUAGCCCCAACUGACCUGGAACUCACUA